GGUGACAGCUCGCAGAGGGGGACGAGCCGGGCGGUGGCCCCUUGCUGCUGGCCCGAGGGCUGGGAGGGUGCCGGAGAGCUGGCGAGGCGGCGGGGGAGAGGAGCUGCGCACCAGCAGAGCGGGGAUGGAUUUGGAUUUGCGGUCGCUGUGAGAGGGGCUGCGGUUUGUGGGGGUCCUCCCCAGCCCUGCCUGAGGGGUACGGGAUUGGGAGAACUCAUCCCAAGGAGCCGCGGCUGCAGGAGGUGCGAGGAGCGUGGAGGGAGCAGCGGCAUCCCCGGAGCCAUUGAGAGGACGUGGAGGCUGAGAGAGGGGUCUCAUGCUGGUCCCUUUCCUGCUGCCCCUCUGCCAGCCCUGCUCGCAGGCACCGGGGUGUGGGGGUGCUGCGGUGGCCCCCCAGCAUACUUGUCACCAUUCUGGUGGGCUUGGAGGCAGGAGUUGAGCUCUCAGCACUUUUGCUCGUGGUUUCUUUGCCCGCUCUCUGCUGGCACGCACGGAUUGACGUCUCCCUGGCUGGAAGGGGCAUUGCUGAGCACGGGGCUGUGGGGGUCUCUCCGGAAAAUGCUCAGACCCAUGAUGGCAGACGUGGGGAUAAACUCUUGGUCCUGAAGGUGCCACCAACCUGCGCUGCCCUCCUGUUCCCUAGAGGAUGGGAACCUCCGGGAAAACUGGGGUCUUGCUGCUGCCGAAAAAAGGGGAACAGAGGGCAUCUGUGUGAGCCUCGUGGCCGCUCUGCCUUGGAUGGAUCACCAGCAGGUUGAACUUUAAGCGCAGCAUGACGGCUUGCCAGUACCCCAUGGCACCGGGGGCCUUGGAACGGGACCGGCUGUACCAGCACAAGGUCUCCUUGGUGGUGCGCUACUUCAUGAUCCCGUGCAACAUUUGCCUCAUCCUCCUGGCCACCUCCACGCUGGGAUUUGCUGUGCUGCUCUUCCUCAAUAACUAUAAGCCCAAUAGUUAUUUUACCCAGACUCCGCCGACCCCUCGAGAUGCCUGCCGAGGGAUGCUGUGUGGGUUUGGGGCGGUGUGCGAGCGCAGCCCCACCGACCCCUCCCAAGCCUUCUGUGUCUGCAAGAAGACAGCUUGCCCUGUGGUGGUGGCUCCUGUCUGCGGCUCCGACUAUUCCACCUACAGCAACGAGUGUGAGCUGGAGAAAGCCCAGUGCAACCAGCAGAGGCGGAUCAAGGUCAUCAGCAAGGGACCAUGCGGCUCCAAGGACCCCUGUGCAGAGGUGACGUGCAGCUUUGGCAGCACAUGCGUCCGUUCUGCAGACGGCCAGACGGCCAGGUGCGUGUGCCCUGCAUCCUGCAGCGGGGUGGCAGAGAGCAUCGUCUGCGGCAGCGACGGCAAGGACUACCGCAGCGAGUGUGACCUCAACAAGCACGCCUGUGACAAGCAGGAGAACGUCUUCAAGAAGUUUGAUGGAGCCUGUGACCCCUGUAAGGGCAUCCUCAACGACAUGAACCGCGUGUGCCGGGUGAAUCCCCGCACGCGCCGGGUGGAGCUGCUCUCCCGCCCCGAGAACUGUCCCUCGAAACGGGAGCCGGUGUGCGGUGACGACGGGGUGACGUACGCCAGCGAGUGUGUGAUGGGGCGCACGGGGGCCAUCCGGGGGCUGGAGAUCCAGAAGGUUCGCUCCGGGCAGUGCCAGCACCAGGACAAAUGCAAAGAUGAAUGCAAGUUCAAUGCUGUCUGCCUGAACCGCCGUGGCGCGGCGCGCUGCUCCUGCGACCGCAUCGCUUGCGAUGGCGCCUACCGGCCCGUCUGCGCCCGCGACAGCCGCACCUACAGCAACGACUGCGAGCGGCAGAAAGCCGAGUGCCACCAGAAAACUGCCAUCCCAGUGAAGCACAGCGGACCCUGUGACCUGGGUACUCCCAGCCCCUGCCUGAGCGUGGAGUGUACUUUUGGGGCCACCUGCGUGGUGAAGAACCGGGAGCCCGUGUGCGAAUGCCAGCAGGUGUGCCAGGGCCGCUAUGACCCCGUCUGCGGCAGCGACAACCGCACCUAUGGCAACCCCUGCGAGCUCAACGCCAUGGCCUGCGUCCUCAAGAGAGAGAUCAGGGUGAAGCACAAGGGGCCCUGCGACCGCUGUGGCAAGUGUCAGUUUGGGGCCAUCUGUGAAGCAGAGACGGGGCGGUGCGUGUGCCCCACGGAGUGUGUGCCCUCCUCCCAGCCCGUCUGUGGCACAGAUGGCAACACCUACAGCAGCGAGUGUGAGCUCCACGUCCGAGCGUGCACGCAGCAGAAGAACAUUUUGGUGGCUGCCCAAGGCGACUGCAAAUCCUGCGGCAGCACGGUGUGCUCCUUCGGCAGCACCUGUGUGGGUGGGCAGUGCGUGUGUCCCCGCUGUGAGCAGCAGCCCCUGGCCCAGGUCUGUGGCACCGAUGGCCUCACCUAUGACAACCGCUGCGAGCUCCGAGCAGCCUCCUGCCAGCAGCAGAAGAGCAUCGAGGUGGCCAAGAUGGGGCCUUGUGAGGACGAAUGUGGCUCAGGAGGCUCAGGCUCUGGUGAUGGCAGUGAGUGUGAGCAGGACCGAUGCCGGCACUACGGGGGCUGGUGGGAUGAGGAUGCAGAGGACGACCGUUGUGUGUGUGACUUCACCUGCCUGGCAGUGCCACACAGCCCGGUCUGUGGCUCUGAUGAUGUGACCUACGCCAAUGAGUGUGAGCUGAAGAAGACGAGGUGUGAAAAACGCCAGGAUCUCUUUGUCACCAGCCAAGGAGCCUGCCGUGCCCUCACCACGACCCCACCGCCUCUCCCAGUUGUGCACUGCAGUCAGACCAUCUAUGGGUGCUGCCCGGACAACAUGACCCUGGCACUUGGAGUGGGUGCAGCAGGGUGCCCGAGCACCUGCCAGUGCAACCCCUAUGGCUCCUAUGGAGGAGCCUGCGACCCUGCCACGGGGCAGUGCUCCUGCAAGCCAGGCGUUGGGGGGCUCAAGUGUGACCGCUGUGAGCCUGGCUUCUGGAACUUCCGUGGCAUCGUCACCGACAGCAAGAGCGGCUGCACACCUUGUAACUGCGACCCGGUGGGCUCAGUGCGUGAUGACUGUGAGCAGAUGACUGGGCUCUGCUCCUGCAAGACUGGUAUCACUGGCAUGAAGUGCAACCAGUGUCCCAAUGGCAGCAAGAUGGGCAUGGCUGGCUGUGAAAAAGACCCAUCAGCUCCAAAAUCCUGUGAGGAAAUGAGCUGCGAGUUCGGGGCCUCAUGCGUGGAGGUCAACGGCUUUGCCCACUGCGAGUGCCCGUCCCCACUCUGCUCAGAGGCCAACAUGACCAAGGUGUGUGGCUCUGAUGGUGUCACCUAUGGGGACCAGUGCCAGCUGAAGACCAUUGCGUGCCGGCAGGGACAGCUCAUCACAGUGAAGCAUGUGGGGCAAUGCCACGAGUCCAUCACUCACACGAGCCACGCGAUGCCACCCACCCCUCUGCCCACCUUGCCCUUGGACAAGCUCAUCAUACCCCCACCACUGCAGCUGACCACCCGGGCUACAGAAACCACCGAGCUGGCCACUAGCUCUCUGCUGAUGGAAGCCAGCCCCACUGCAAGAAGUCACCCUACAACAAGGCGUGUCACGACAACCCGACCUGCCACCACACCAUGGAUGACCCAUGGGGCGCUGAAGACCACCGUCCGCCCGCUCUCCACCUCUCCUGUGGUCCUGGCCACCACUCAGCCUGCCUUCGCUGAAUCGGGCAGCGCAGAAGGCAGUGGGGACCAGGAGAUGAGCAUCAGUGGGGACCAGGAAUCCAGCGGGGCAGGCUCUGCUGGGGAAGAGGAGGUGGAGGAGAGCCAGGUAACCCCAACUCCAGCCAUUGAGAGGGCAACGUGCUACAACACCCCGCUCGGGUGCUGCUCUGAUGGCAAGACUGCGGCUGCUGACGCAGAAGGGAGCAACUGUCCGGCUACCAAAGUCUUCCAAGGAGUCCUCAUCUUGGAGGAGGUGGAAGGCCAGGAGCUGUUUUACACACCUGAGAUGGCUGACCCCAAGUCAGAGCUCUUCGGGGAGACGGCCAGGAGCAUUGAGAGCGCGCUGGAUGAGCUUUUCCGAAAUUCCGACGUUAAGAAAGAUUUCAAGAGCAUCCGUGUCCGAGACCUGGGGCAGAGCAGUGCUGUCCGUGUCAUUGUGGAGUCCCACUUUGACCCAGCCACUUCCUACACGGCAGCUGACGUCCAGGCGGCUCUGCUGAAGCAGAUCAGAGCCUCCAAGAAGAGGACCAUCCUGGUGAAGAAGCCCCAACAGGAGCACGUCAAAUUCAUGGACUUUGACUGGAUCCCCAGGCUCUUCACCACCACCGUCACCACCACCACAGCCACCACCAUGGCGCCUGCAACCACACGGAGGCACACCACGGCCUCUGCUGCCACCACAGCCCACGUCCUGCACCAGGACGUCGCCGGCCACCCCAGUGCCAAGCUGGCAGCACCCGUGAGCACCAGGAGGCCCACAUCCACCCUGCCUACCACCGCCCGGCGCAAGCCCACUCGCCAGCCCCCCAGCACCACCAAGAAGCCCUCACGACCCUGCGACUCACACCCCUGCCUGCACGGUGGCACCUGUGAGGACGAUGGGAAAGAGUUCACCUGCAGCUGCCCAGCGGGCAAAGGAGGAGCUGUGUGUGAGAAACCCAUCAGGUACUUCAUCCCCAGCUUCGGUGGCAAGUCCUACCUGGCCUUCAAGAUGAUGAAGGCGUACCACACCGUGCGCAUCGCCAUGGAAUUCAGGGCCACGGAGCUCAGCGGGCUGCUGCUCUACAACGGGCAGAAUCGUGGCAAGGACUUCAUCUCCCUGGCGCUGGUGGGCGGCUUCGUGGAGCUCAGGUUUAACACGGGCUCCGGCACGGGCGUCAUCACCAGCAAGGUGCGCGUGGAGCCUGGCAAAUGGCACCAGCUGGUGGUGAACCGCAACCGCCGCAGCGGCAUGCUGGCUGUGGAUGGGGAGCCCCACGUCAGCGGGGAGAGCCCCACGGGCACCGACGGGCUCAACCUCGACACCGACCUCUUUGUUGGAGGAGCUCCCGAGGACCAAAUGGCUGUAGUGGCAGAGCGUACCGCGGCUACGGCUGGCCUGAAGGGCUGCAUCCGCCUCCUGGAUGUGAACAACCAGAUGUACGACCUGCGGGAGAAAGGCAGCGAUGUGCUGUACGGCAGUGGGGUGGGAGAGUGCGGCAACGACCCCUGCCACCCCAACCCUUGCCACCAUGGGGGCAUCUGCCACGUCAAGGAGGCAGAGAUGUUCCACUGCGAGUGUCUUCAUUCCUACACCGGUCCAACGUGUGCUGAUGAGAGGAACCCAUGCGACCCGACGCCGUGCCACAUCUCUGCCACCUGCCUGGUGCUGCCAGAGGGAGGUGCCAUGUGUGCCUGUCCCAUGGGACGGGAAGGAGAGUUCUGUGAGCGAGUGACGGAGCAGGACCACACCAUGCCCUUCCUCCCAGAGUUCAAUGGCUUUUCCUACCUGGAGCUGAACGGGCUGCAGACCUUCGUUCCUGACCUGCAGGACAAAAUGUCCAUGGAAGUGGUGUUCCUGGCCAAGAGUCCCAGCGGCAUGAUCUUCUACAAUGGGCAGAAGACAGAUGGCAAAGGAGACUUUGUGUCUCUGGCUUUGCACGACGGCUACCUGGAGUAUCGAUACGACCUGGGCAAAGGGGCAGCCGUGCUCAGGAGCAAAGAGCCAAUUCCCCUCAACACCUGGAUAAGCGUUUUGUUGGAGAGGAGUGGGCGCAAGGGGGUAAUGAGGAUCAACAACGGCGAGAGGGUGAUGGGAGAGUCACCGGUGCCUCAUGCCUUCCUGAACCUGAAGGAGCCAUUCUACGUGGGGGGAGCCCCUGAUUUCAGCAAGCUGGCUCGAGCUGCAGCCAUCUCCACCAGCUUCUAUGGAGCUGUGCAGAGGAUCUCCAUCAAAGGGGUUCCCUUGCUGAAGGAGCAGCACAUCCGCAGCGCCGUUGAAAUCUCCCCAUUCCGUGCCCACCCCUGCACCCAAAAGCCCAACCCAUGCCAGAACGGAGGCACCUGCAGCCCCCGGAUGGAGAGCUACGAGUGUGUGUGCCAGAGGGGCUUCUCUGGGGCUCACUGCGAGAAAGUGAUCAUUGAGAAGGCAGCUGGAGAUGCAGAGGCCAUUGCAUUUGAUGGUAGGACGUACAUGGAGUACCACAACGCCGUGACAAAGAGCGAGAAGGCUUUGCAAUCCAACCACUUUGAGCUGAGCAUCAAAACAGAAGCCACCCAGGGCCUGAUCCUGUGGAGUGGGAAGGGGCUGGAGCGAUCCGACUACAUCGCCCUCGCCAUCGUGGAUGGCUUUGUCCAGAUGAUGUAUGACCUGGGCUCCAAGCCAGUCGUCCUGCGGUCCACGGUCCCCAUCAACACCAACCACUGGACCCACAUCAAAGCAUACAGAGUACAGAGAGAAGGCUCCCUCCAGGUCGGCAACGAAGCUCCCAUCACUGGCUCCUCGCCGCUGGGUGCCACGCAGCUGGACACAGACGGGGCCCUGUGGCUGGGGGGAAUGGAGCGGCUCAGUGUGGCUCACAAGCUGCCCAAGGCCUACAGCACUGGCUUUAUUGGCUGUAUAAGGGACGUGAUUGUCGACCGCCAGGAACUGCAUCUGGUGGAGGACGCUUUAAACAACCCCACGAUAUUACACUGCUCAGCCAAAUAGACCCCCAGGGACCCUUCCUUCUCCUUCCCUUCCUCCUGCCUAUUGCUGUAAUUAUUUUCUAUUUUUGUAAACUUAUUGCUUUUUAUAUUUUGGGGGGAGGGGGGAAAGGGAGGGGAGGAACCACCGUUUCUGUUGGGUUAUUUUGUUCGGUUGCAGUAUAUCCAGGUCAGUCAGACUCUAAUCGAGCAGCAGCAACAAAGAACAAACCUUGAACCAAGUCUCCAAGAAGUGACAGAAGAACUUCCCCAUUGCACCCGUGUUGUAAAUCUCACUCAUACUUGAAGCUUCUUUUGGGGUUUGUUUAUUUUCCCCUCCUUACUUGUGUUCUUGGGUUGCCAUUCACACCGUGGGGGGAUAAAGGAUGCUGGUGCUGGCAAGCCCUGUGGCCUUUGUGGGUUCACCACUCGCCUAUCUCAGGCCCCUGUGUUCACCCUGUCCCCCUCCUCCCCCCUUCCUCUCACUAUAAUUUAUGUGUGUAAGGAUCUCAAGUGCUUUUCUCCUUUGUGCUCUGUUAAAUCAGGGAUGCCAUGCACUGGAAGAGAGACCAAGGUCUGCUCUGAGCAGGCAGAAAAGCAUUGCUCUUUGGUUGUCUUAUGCCUGUUUGCUGGACUGAGAGGGGCUGGAGGGAAGGGGAGAAGUGUCGGUUUCUCUGUUGGCUCUCCUCCUCCUCCUCCUCUUGGACACAUGCAGAAGCAGCUGUGAAACCUCAUUUCCAUGCUUUGUGUUGACCCAGACUUGUCCUCACCACCUGCUUACCCUGGCUGCUCUUGCGAGAGCUUCUGUGCCCCAAACCGUGCACCACUGACAACUUGCAACACGUCCUCGGGGGCUGGGGGUCCCUCCUUCCAGCACUGGCUACGAGGGCAUGGGAUUGGGUCUCCUUCUGCUUUAAAGAAACCUCUUGGACCUGUCCUGCCUUGACCCACAUCCGUUUUCCAGCCUCCUGGCACGACCUGCCCUCUGCCUACCGUGAGGACGGUUGCAGCGCAUCUCUGUAAGCUGAUGUUAGAACCCAUGCCAUGGCAAAUGCUCACCGUUUUACCUUUGUCUUCAAGCUUUUGCAGCACCCGGUGCAACGCAGGGGCUUCCAUGCCACAAUCAGAGCUCCUCCAGUGCCAUCAGCAAUGGCUCCAGCAGGAUGGGCUGGGCUGGGAACCAAGUGGCCAGAUGGGAGAGCUGGGGAGGGGGGUUUUUAAAGUGUUGUCUUUACCGUCUUUGAAGUCUUGUCUUCCUCCAUUCGAGUCUUGAAAGCAAAGUGCCAGCUGCACAGCCACUGUGUGCAAGUGUGUGUGUGUGUGUGUGGAUGUGUGCAAACACUGGGGCUCCCUGAAGCAAAAACAAAGGGAUCGCAGCUCUGAGCGCCGUGACUCAGGUUCCUUCUCCAUGGGAAGAGCUCCCUGCUGCCCCGUGGCAUCUGUCACCACUGGGCCACCGCAGUGUCCCCAUCCCACCCUGUGAAGGCAGCUGGCAGUGCUUUGUGGCCAGCUGCCUUACGGAGCGUGCAGAAUGGGUUGGAAGGUUCCCUGGUAUCCCAGGGGCUGUCGGUUGGUGGUUUUGCCCCGAUUCCUAUCUCACCUUCUGGUGUACCCUUCCCUUCCAAGAUGCUUUCAGAGAAGUCAGAGGGCUUUUCUGAGAGCAAGCCCUGAAUGCAGACCUAAUAAUGGGUAGAGCACCGUGGCAAACCACUCGGGCUGCUUUUUGCUUCUUGCCAAGCCAAGAAGAGCCCCAUUGCCCACCUCCACCCAUGCAAGUCGAUGCUUGAUCUAUUGUCAUGAACCUAAAAUCCCAAUGGUUACACAUUUCAGGGAAGACUGUUGAGAAUUGGAGGCUCCAGUGUUUGUGUGUGUGGCAACAGCACGUGUUGAGUGGCUGCUGUAUAUAAUGUGUGGGUCCUGGGGGGGAUGACUGCGUUGGGGCUUUCAGCUGCAUGACAAGGCCACCCCACGGAGACCAACAGGGAGCGUGCCAGCUCCAGUGGGAAAAGGGCACCAUGGAGGAAGCUGCUCAAUCUCCAGAAUGCCACUGAAAUGAAGCCAGGGUCACUGCAAAAAAAAAAAAAAAGAAAAAGAAAAAAAAAGAAAAAAAAAAAGAGGAAAAAAAAAACUGCAACAAGAACUCUGUCUGCUUUUGCUGGGGCUUGGAAAUGCCUUAAAACAGGACGCCGUGUCCUCAUUGUCGAGCCUGGGUCGGAUCCUGCAGUGCUCCCUAGGGGCCGUGCACUCAACCUCGGCUUUAUUUUUAAUAGCAUUUAUAACAUGUGUGUGCAACAACAAAAAAUAACGACAUUGAGGUUUGGGUUUUCUUUUUUUUUUCUUUUUUUUUCUUUUUUUUUUUUUAAAUAAUGUCCAUGUGGCUUCAUUUAUAGGGUAAAUUAAUGACUGUUGUGAACUGCUGUAUGAAUUCUGAAGGGCAAUGCACAGUAGAGGAGCAGCAUGAUAUAACCAUUACUAACUUGUGUCUUUCGUCAAUCACCAUGAAAUAAAGUUUGGAAACGAUUAA